GCCAACAUUAUGAGUUUGGGCUAUAACUUUGACGAUACAGAAGCUUUUCUGUCGUCGCUGAACACUGAUCGGCCUGAAUCAGAUAUAUCGAACCCGACUAAUUUGCUGGAUUUUGAGAAUUCUUCAGGACUUGACGAUUACAGGAAAACCGAUAUCAAAAUUGAGGAUGAGAUUGAUGACUGGAUAGAUUAUGGCGCCCUCCAACAGAAAUAUAUUCCGCAGGCGGCUGAGAUCACUCCAGAUUCCAACAACGAGUCUGCGCCUAUGGUAUCGUCCCCGGAUUCGUUCACCUCCAUGUCCGAAACGUCCUCGGUUAAUGCGAAAAGGGCGACCACCAACUCAAAGGUCACCAAGUCGAAGAAAGAACGGCACUCGCACAAUGUGGUGGAGAAGAAAUAUCGGAUGAACAUCAAUAACAAAAUUCUCGAGCUCCGUGACGCAGUGCCGUCGCUGCGGGCCGCAUCCGGAGACAGACGAAUAGCAGCUACAGACCUGGACGGACUUACGCCCGCGUUGAAGCUGAACAAGGCCAACAUUCUCGCGAAAGCUACGGAGUACAUUCGCCACUUGGAGUCCAAAAAUGCGUAUUUAAUGAACGAGAUCCACAUGCUCCGCUCUAGUCUUGAUAACCAGAUGGCAAACAACUAUAACCAGCAAACACAAUACUUCAGUCCGGAACUGCAACAGCAGCCUCAGCAAAAUCAACACGGGAGCCAAAACCAAUCCUAUGUGAUGAAUUCAUCUUCUGUUCCUGUUGCUUCCAAACUUCUUAUGGGAGGAAUGACAGCUAUGGUUGGAACACAGUUGUUUGAGGGCUUCAGCGACGAUAGCUUCAAGGGACUGUUUUUGGUCCCGUUGCAUCGUAUUUUCCCUCUUAUUGACUCUCCUCAGGCAUCUGUGGUGUUCAAUUAUCUGCGGACGAUACUUUUCUUUGGUGGACUCUUUUUGCUGUUGCAACCCGUGUACCAGUUUUUAGCAGCUCCUAAGAAAAAGGCUCCAACACCAAUACGAACGGCUUUUGACGUUAAUCUCGGGGAACUGGCACUGGAUACGCUGAAAAUGCUGGGAAUCAAGCUCAGAAUUCUGAAGCUUGAUCUAACGGACGAAUUGAAUAGUAUCAACUCGUUGAACCUGUACUUUGAAAAGUGGCUCGUCAACACACUCUCGAAUCAGGAAGCGAUGUCCUACAGCACUAUUUGGAGGCCGUUUUUCAAGUAUUAUAUUCGGUCGCUUGCUAUCGAUGACCGCAUCAUUGAGGUAGUCAAAUCUGAUUCUAGUAUCCAGUUCCACUUCAACAGGUUAAUUGUGGCAAAGAUGGUGAUGAUGAAAGUGGGAGAGCCUCUGAACAGCAUCCUAGGACUUCAGCGAAUGCUGGACAGUUUAAUGCUAGAAAUGGUGAAACAUUUGAAACAAGUCAAAGACUCCAGCAAGUAUUCUGACGAGACUAGUCGCAUUCUCAAAUUCGUGAGUAACGAUAUCGCAUUCUUGGAUAGCGAAGAAUUAUUUGAAAAACUGAUCGAUGUGCUGAAGUGGAGAGAGACCAACAACAACGGCUCUUACAUUGAGGAGUUUCUCAGGAAUUCUGAGGACGCUGAUCUCUCUUUAAUCAAUCUGAUUUGUGCCAUUCGCUCCUCCCAGAUUUUGAACGAGCUCAUGAAGGAGUACCUUUGGCAACUCGCCGAAUCUACAAGCGAGUCCGAGGAGUCAGGCGAGACGCAAAUGGAUGCAGACACAAUUUAUGAGAAAAUCAAUUCAGACAUCCUAGUGAUACCGCCUGCCUGCGUCAAGCUUCAAAGAUUAAGAAUUGUCCUGAACAGCUUGCUGAAGCCAACGCCCGAGAACUCCCGGAAAACUCUCGAGGCGGCAAUAGGCGCCGUGAAGGAUGUGGUCGAGUUUAGCGAAGCAAUUGAGCAGAUCGAGCCCGUGCAACAAGACGAGUCUGGCGUUGAAGAUCCAACCAUUUCAAAAAUUCUUCAGUUUGCACACCAGCCUCUGCGGCCCCCAAAACUUGCCAACGACGAAACAAGGCUCACACUCGCUUGUGUGUUGAUGCUGCACUACUUUGAAGACGGCCAGGUGAGCCAGGCGUGCCGUUUAGUGCGCUACUUGAGCCUUUCGCAGUCGACAGAGACAGUUUCAUUGCUCACGUUAAUCAGCGUCUUGCGAGCGGUAACCGUCUUGGGUGACCAUCUGGAUAAGCUUGAUGGAGAUCUCCACAGCAGGCAGACUGUGGGCUCGCUGGUUGCGUUCUUGCGGCUGCACGUUGGCUCGACCACUAAACCGUCCCUGGUUUCAAAAUCGAUGACAGAUAACUCCUAUCAUCAACUAGUGGACGAUGCCAUUGAUUACGAUGUGCGAGACUUAGAUUAUGAACUAAAGAGUAGCGUCAGCCACAAGCUAGUGUGCCUGGGCAGACAACUCGUUGGUGACAGCGAGAUGUGAUGUGGACGCAAAUACUACACUACAUAAUCCAUUACGUAAACUAUCACCGCGAUUGUUCAUGAUAAAAUAUUGCAAUUGUCUCUUGGAAAUAAUAUAGGAGCGAAGACCAUAGAUAAAGUGUUAUGUCAAGUUCUGGACCUGCGAUUGAGGUGUCCACAGAAUUGAAGCAGAACGUUUUUGGCGAAGACCCAGUGAUACCCGAAUUUGCCAAAGAUACCCAAUCUGGCAGUUCUUUCGCAAACAUUACUCAGUGGAAAGAGCUCGGUGCAUAUUUAGAGGGCUUACAAAGAAUCACACCUGGUUCCUCUGACUCAGAAAACAGCGAUCUACAAUCCAAAAAUCCGCUCUCCAGACCGGUUGUGUAUCGUAUUUGCAACCAUUGCGACAGACCUAUCUUGGAGAAAUAUUUAGCAGAUCAUCUCAAGAGCUGCGAGCAGGAAAAACGUAACAAAACCUUAACGGCAGAAAAAUCCAAUACCGCCAUUACGAAUAACGCCAUGAAGAAACGGCGGUUGGACGAAGCUGCAGAAAAUCUGUCAAGCUCACUUAACUCUCCGGAUGUUGAGGAAAACAAAAUGAACGGUGCCAACGGGGCGUCCAAAAAGCAGAAAGUCGCGAAAGUGCCCAAGGAAAAGAAAGUCAGGAAAAGCGUCAAGCCAAAAAUUACCGGAAAGCCAAAGGGACCUGUUGAUGUGGAGAAACAGUGUGGUGUCCCGCUGCCGAACGGUGGUUUCUGUGCGCGGUCCUUGACCUGUAAGACGCAUUCCAUGGGAGCCAAACGAGCCGUUCCGGGGAGAAGCGCGCCGUACGACCAGCUGCUUGCUGCGUAUCAGCGCAAGAACCAGGCUAAAAUCGGUGCUGCUGCUGCUGCUGCUCAGCAAGCUCAAGACGACCUUAUGCAUGGUUCGUCUGUUCCGCUGGACGACGAAGAGGAGACACAUCAGGUUUUGGAUGGCGUGACGAGAUCGACGCCAUGGCCUUUGGAGCGGAAAGUGAUAAUGCCUACUAAAAUACGCAACUCAUUUAUUCGCAUGAGAGAAAUGUUUGCUGGUGCUAUACUGCCUAGAAUGCCGUCCAAUCCGCUGGGACAAAUGCAAGGGCGUACUGCGGUCGUGGACACAGAGAAAACCACUGAGUACGUUUUCCCUGUGCGGUCUCAGCAUCAACGGAUGGCACCCUCGACGCAGGUGCGGUCGGCCGCACCUAUGGCCAAGCCAAGUCCCCAGGGUGCCGUUGAUGUUCAUUCGCAAAUCUCGGCCCAGGCCCAGCUGCUCGCUCAGCAGCAGCAGCAGCUCAGACUUGCCCAGGCCAAGAAACAGCAGCAACAAGCACAGAUGCAAGCUAAAUACCAGGCCCAGCAGCUGGCUGCAGGGGUCGUUCCUCAGCAGGAUAAACACAUGCAAUUGACUCCGCAGCAACAGCAGCAGAUGAUGAUGAGGCGGCGGAUGUAUUUGCAACAGCAGUCGCAACAACUGCGGCAACAACAGCAGCAGUAUAUUAACCCCCAGUACAAGAGUCAACAGGAGAUGAUGAUGAAUCAACGCCAGCAAUAGUGCUGCAACAGGCUGGAUCUACGAUCUUGGGGUUUUCGGGUCUGUCGAAUCGUCUUCCAGUUGCGAAGCUCUCGGCUUGGGUUGUAAGGGCUCAAUACGAUCUGAAAAUCUGAUUCUGAAAAAGGAGGGGUGUUUCCAGUUCCCGUUUUCAUCGAAGUUCUCCGGACUAGGCGGUGUGUAUUUGAUGAGCUGAUAUUCUUUAAGAACAUAGAAGCUCAUGAGAAACCCGCCUAGAACUCCGAUGACCACAACGUUAAAUCGUCCGUUAACUGUUUUUUGUACCAUUUGGUAAUUUGUUUU